GGACAUUGAUCCUUAGUAAUGGUGGUUGCUGAGGUCAGUUACUGUUUCUAUUGUGUUUUUGAAAGGACUUUUGAAACUGGAAGCAGAGCUCAAACCACAGCCCCACGCAUUUCCAUACUCUGCGCUGAUUGGACAACAGUUUCCCCGACACAGUCAGCCAAUCACAAAGCAGCAUGGGAGUGUAUAAAUGUCCUGGUCGGACAGCUGCAAGGAACUAUUCUCCAUCCAAAAUUCUGAUAUUCGUCUGCCCAUUUUCGAAUCAUGUCUGGACGUGGCAAAACCGGCGGCAAGGCAAGGGCCAAGGCGAAGACCAGGUCCUCCCGUGCCGGACUGCAGUUCCCAGUGGGUCGCGUCCACCGUCUGCUCCGCAAAGGCAACUACGGCGAGCGUAUCGGCGCCGGUGCUCCUGUCUACCUGGCAGCAGUGCUGGAGUAUCUGACCGCUGAGAUCUUGGAGUUGGCGGGGAACGCAGCCCGUGACAACAAGAAGACCAGAAUCAUCCCCCGUCAUCUUCAGCUAGCUGUCCGCAACGACGAGGAGCUCAACAAACUCCUGGGAGGUGUCACCAUCGCCCAGGGCGGUGUGUUGCCUAACAUCCAGGCUGUUCUGCUGCCCAAGAAGACCGAGAAGGCUGCCAAGAAUCGAGAGUCUUUGAACUAAUCAAAACAAUUAGAAAUCAUGUCUGGACGUGGCAAAACCGGCGGCAAGGCAAGAGCCAAGGCCAAGACCAGGUCCUCCCGUGCCGGACUGCAGUUCCCAGUGGGUCGCGUCCACCGUCUGCUCCGCAAAGGCAACUACGGCGAGCGUAUCGGCGCCGGUGCUCCUGUCUACCUGGCAGCAGUGCUGGAGUAUCUGACCGCUGAGAUCUUGGAGUUGGCGGGGAACGCAGCCCGUGACAACAAGAAGACCAGAAUCAUCCCCCGUCAUCUUCAGCUGGCUGUCCGCAACGACGAGGAGCUCAACAAACUCCUGGGAGGUGUCACCAUCGCCCAGGGCGGUGUGUUGCCUAACAUCCAGGCUGUUCUGCUGCCCAAGAAGACUGAAAAGGCUGCCAAGAAGUAAAAUACAUCUCACCUAUAAUACCCC